AUGUCAGGUGGGCAGGCGCUGCCAGUGCGCUUUCCGUGCUGGUGCAAAGCCGUCUAUUCAUGGGGCGGAGAGGUACAAGGCGACCUAAUCGAAUGCCUCAACGCCGGCGAUGGAUCAUGGUGGAUGGGACGAUUAAAGCGAGACAGGCGCAUGGUCGGCCUCUUCCCAUCGAAUUUUGUCGAGCUGCUCAGCGAAGACUUUCAGCCGUGGAAUCGCAACGGUAGCGGAAGCAUAUCUAGGCAGAACAGUGCGCAGGAACCAGCCAAGCAAACACCACAGAAGGCAAAGAGCACGUUCAGGAAGCCCUUUACGGCGUAUGCAGCUGCAAGUUCACCCAACCCGGCUGCAGCAGCGCGUGAGCGGCUGAAGGCAGGUGGAGUAGCUUCGCCCAAUGGCAGCGUCAAGACGAAGUCGCCUAAUUCCCCUGACGAACCUGAAACGCCGUCGAACCCAUGGUCGCCAGAUGCUUUUGAUCAAGUGUACCAAGCGUCUGCCAAGAAGGUCAGAGCCCAGUCUGCGUUAGGACUUGCUAAUGGCGAUGAAGAGGAUGAAGAUGGUCCUCCGAAUAUGAACAACUACGUUCAACGCAUGGAAAGCCGCUUGAGACGAAUGCAACAGCAAGAAAAGUCCAGGAAUGAGGAAUUGUUCGUUUCCAAAGACUCCAGCGAGGCACCACCCCCUGUGCCUCUCAAGAAUUCCUCGCAUCAUAUGCCUGGAUCGUCGAUAGGCACGAUUGAGCAUGACGUGGCGCGCAAAGGAUCCAAGUUACUCCGUCACCGCAAGUCAGCUUAUGAUGUUGGGCGUGAUGUCCUAGGACGAACGUUCACGAGCAAGACCAACUCUACGACGACGACACAUACUAGCAACAGCACCAAUCGGAGCUUAAUGUCCGGACACUCAGCUACAAACAUGAGUUCUACGAGUGCCGGUAGCUAUUAUCGUAAAAGGUUUGGCAAGGACCGGCCCAAGAGCGUUAUGGAGACAGGAGACGCAACAGGGAAAGGAUACGGAUUUGAUGAUGGUCGACCAGAGACACCGUUUACCGGCGUUACUUAUCAUUCUAGCCACGCAUCGCGUCCACGCCCCGGCUCGAGCAACCAACAACAGCAGGAGGAAGUUACCACACCUGCAACAACAGACGGCCCUGAUCCGCUCGGAGGUCUGAGGCAACCAAAAGCUAAGCGUAGUGGCUUUUUCCGAAAAAUGAUUGAUACCGCAAAGACCCAGGCCGCAAACGCUCGCAGUACGAUUGCUGCUGGUUCGAUUAGUAGACCAGGAUCCCGAGCAGCUAGUCGUGCUGCAAGUCGAGCGCAAAGUCGCGCAGCAAGUCGCCUUGACAACAACGGUCCAACAAGUAUCGAAGGAGGAACUACAGUACAGUCGGCGAAUGCCUCGAGAGACAUGGGCUUAGGCUCGAAUGAUUGGGUACAAGUCCGUCGGGAUGUGAACCGAUCCAACUCAUUAAGCAAAAAUGAACGGACAGAGCGAGCCGAUCGGUGCCAAAUGAUGGAUCUGCCGAUGCUAAAUCCCGUCGACACCCUGUAUGAGUCCGCUGAAGGAGAUGAAGGUCUCGAUGGCCUGCCCAUUGCAGAGCCUACGGAUUUCGCGGCCUGCAGUCUCACACAUGUCGACAAGAGCGCUCGGUUCAUCAACGCCAUUCCACUUGGAACAACGCCCGCCACAUUAGCCCAGGGAUACGUCUGUAGGCCAUAUCGAAGCGAUGUACAACGACUGAGAGCCAUCUUUACCUGGGUUAGCGAGAGGAUAUCCUGGGAAGAGGAUUUCGAAGGCAAAAUGGACCCCCGACAUGUCUUACAGAGCAAACGUGGAUGCUCGGAAGAGAUCGCAAUGGUGGUUGCCGAAAUGUGUGCAUCCGUUGGGCUUCAUGCUGAAGUUGUUCGAGGUUACCUAAAGACACCUGGCGAGCCUUUGGACCUGGAUAGCGUCGCUCGACCGAACCACUUCUGGAACGCUGUUAUUGUAGAAGGCGAAUGGCGCAUGAUGGACUGUUCACUCGCUGGACCCACGAAUCCCAAGCGCGUGCAUUAUUCCAAUGCCGGUUCGUCCGUCGCCGAGAGCUGGUACUUCCUCGCUCGUCCGAUGGAGAUUUGCUACUCACAUGUCCCGCUGCUCCCAGAACAGCAGCAUAUCUGUCCACCACAGCCUCAUGAUGUGCUCAUGGCUCUCCCCUGCGCAACACCGACGUAUUUCAGGCAUGGCCUCCACAUGGCUGACUUUGACACCAGCCUGCUCAAUUUGGACAAUCUCGAGAUGGCGCACGUGUAUGUGGAUGUUCCAGACGAUGUAGAAUGUGUUGCGGAAGUCGAAGCAAGAUCUUACUCACAAGACAUGGAUGGUGACUUUUUCGAAAGUGGCGAUUUUGUUCGAAAACCGGCGCUUGCACAAGCUGAGUGGCGUGGAGGCCAAAAGCGAUACACCGUGAAGGCGUUGUUGCCAGGUGACGAGGGACAAGGUGUCUUAAAGAUCUACGCGGGACCCCGAGGACUCAUGCACUCAAACAAGUUGAACCCUCACACUUUAGCAAUUGGCCUGCCCAUGUCACAUUCGGGUAGUAACCCACCGUAUUCGUUCUUGACACUGCAUCCAACUCCACAUGCCCAGCGGCAUGAUCUCUAUGUGGCGCAGCCUCAGUGCGCUAAUCUGGCCCUCAAUAACACCUUCGUCUUCUGCGUUCGACAACACCCAUCGUCCCUCAACAAGUCUCCAGAGCCUAAUGCUGCUAUUAAUGGUCGUGCCUCGCCGAAUCCAUUUGCCCGGCCUGCGUCCGCUAUGAGCAUGCAGAGCAUUUCAGCAAGUGGUUCGAACUACACAAACCCAUCCCAGAGCUCUUCUGGGUCAUCAAGCAGCAAUAGCACGAAGCCGGCCAAACUGGCAAUACAGACACCAUCGGGGAAGAUUAUACGACUUACACGGAAGAGCGAGCACAUGAGCAGUACCAACGACGCUGAUGGUACAGCUUGGGAGACUAUCAUCAAGAUUGGAGAGAAGGGCACAUGGCGCGGUCUUGUGCUUGCGGAUCGGAAAAUUCGGUCCUCUAAUAUGGACGCACAAAUCGCCGAGUGGACCUCCCGGGCAGAGGCCUUCAAGCCGCUCAACCUCAAAGCUAUUGAGCCUGCGCUCCUCGAACUAGACGCGCACCUCACGCUUCGCUCGCACAUUGUAGGCUACACAUUGAGCGAUGCCGACACGAUUGUCUGGAAGACAUUGAGAGAAAACCGCGUCGCACAUGCGUUCAUCAAGCAGAGUUUGAUGCCGAGCUUGUGCAGGUGGUUUAGGUACAUCGAAGAGGCCUACCCGCAGAGCGUUGUGGUGGUCGGCAAGGGAAAGGAGGAGGGUGCUGCUGGAAAGAGUGGGAAGGAUGGAAAGGCGAAGAGCGAUGAUGCCAAUUAUGAUAUUGGACUUCAGGAUGUGGGGGAUGGGACUGGCAUUGUUACGAGGUUCCCGCCUGAGCCUUCAGGUUAUCUCCAUAUCGGCCACGCCAAAGCAGCCCUUCUCAACGACUACUUCGCGCACGAGAAGUACAAAGGCAAGCUACUCCUGCGCUUCGACGAUACGAACCCGACCAAGGAGAAGCAAGAGUUUCAGGAUGCGAUUGUCGAGGACUGCGCGCUUAUGGGGAUUAAGCCAGACCAGGUCUCCUACACUAGUGAUUGGUUUGAUCAGCUGUACGAGCGUUGCGUGCAAAUGCUGAAGGACGGCCUGGCGUACGCAGACGACACACUGCAGGAGAAGAUGCGUGCUGAGCGCAUGGACGGCAUCGCCAGUGCACGUCGAGACGCAAGCGUCGAGGAUAACCUGGCACAAUUCGAGGAGAUGAAGAAGGGCAACGAGGAGGGCGUCAAGUGGUGUAUCCGCGCAAAGAUGUCCGUCGACAACCCCAACAAGGCUAUGCGUGAUCCCGUCAUCUACCGCUGCAAUCCCCAGGCCCAUCACCGCACUGGAGACAAGUGGAAGAUCUACCCCACGUACGACUUCUGCUGUCCCAUCGUCGACGCUCUUGAGGGUGUUACCCACGCUCUGCGUACAACCGAAUACAAUGACCGCGACCCGCAAUACCAAUGGUUCAUUAAGAACCUCAAUCUUCGACAGGUCUACAACUGGGGCUUUGCGCGGUUGAACUUUGUCCGAACGGUCCUUUCAAAGCGCAAGCUUACCAAGAUUGUCGAUGCUGGCAUUGUUUGGGGCUGGGACGAUCCGCGCAUGCCCACCGUCCGCGGUGUGCGCCGCCGCGGUGCCGUCAUCCCCGCUCUCCGCGAGUUCAUUUUGAAGCAGGGCCCGUCUAAGAACAUCGUCAAUCUCGACUGGUACAGCUUCUGGGCUACCAACAAGAAGCACAUCGAGCCCACCGCAGCGCGAUACACCGCCAUCGACGAGGACACCAAGGUCCCCGUCACUAUUAUCGGUGCGCGCGAGGGUGUGAUUACUGAGGAUAAGCCCAAGCACGCAAAAUACGAUCUUGGCAACAAGAAAAUCGUCUUCAGCUCUUCGGUACUCCUAGAGCAAGCCGAUGCUCAGUCUUUCGCGCAAGAUGAGGAGAUCACACUGAUGAACUGGGGCAACGCCAUUGUCCGCAAGAUCAGCCACUCGAUUAAUCCGCUCGCAAAGCAUGGCCUGAAGACGGUUACAGGUCUGGAACUAGAACUCCAUCUUCAAGGUGACGUCAAGAAAACGAGCAAGAAGGUUACGUGGUUGAGCACCGAUCAAAACCUUAUCCCGAUCGAGCUUGUCGAUUUCGAUUACCUCAUCACCAAGGAUAAACUGGAGCCGGAGGAUACGCUGGAGGACUUCCUGAGCAAGGAAACUGAGUUCCGUACCAAGGCAGUUGCGGACUGCAAUGCCGCUGAACUCAAAGUCGACGAUAUCGUUCAGUUUGAUCGCAAGGGCUUUUUCCGUAUCGAUCGCGCAUUUGCCCACAAUGAGCCAAUUGUAGCUUUCCAGGUUCCGACCGGCAAGAGCAAAUAG